AUUGUCAGACCUCCAAUAACUUCAUUGACACUCCAUCAGCACAUUUUCUAGAAUAGCUUUUGCCAAGCACUCCCAGAUAAGCCAAAAUGGGCCAAGCACAUUCUUCCAAACAGCCCGCUCAACCUUCCGCAGAGGAACUCUCCCGCUGCCUUGCACAGCGCUUUGCCGACCAGAGCUUCAGCGGCGUAGAGCUCUACUCGUUCAAGGACAACUUCCGUACGCUAGCGGACGUGCAUAAGUCUAAGACCAGCCGCGCCGGGCUCUUGUACUGGAGCGAGGAUACUCUGAUCAAGUUCCUGGCAAUCCCGGACUGCCUAGAGGUGGGAGCGAUACUGUUCUGUGCCGCGUCUUAUAUCGGGGCGUUCCCGUUUCCGAGUCUCGCCCCAGUAGUGCUAGACUUUGAGGCGUUGGUGAAGGUUGUGGUUAUCCUAACCGGCAGGUACAAGAGUGUUAUUCGGAGGAGGCCUGAUUCAUUGAGGUUGUUGUUUAGGUCUUUAGCGGUUUAUGAUCGGGGGGUUCACCAGGAGGGAGGGGGUAAUGGUGGGAUGGGGAAGGAGAAAGGGAACGAGGUAGACGUGGACGUUUCGUUAGAGGACAAAGAGGGCGAAGGGGGUGAAGAUGAAGAUGAAGAUGACCUUUCGCUUGCCGCUUUGGACGCGCUGGACGCAAUUGAAGCUUUUGGGCAUGCUGAGAAGUUGAAUAUUCACCAUGCACGUAUUCCACUGGAUAUCAUGAGGAAAUUGAUUGCUUUCUUACUAGCGAUUGCUCCCCUGAGGCCUAGCCAGCCCGUAGCAGAUUUCUCGGAUAGACUUACACCUGAUGCUCUCACGGGGGUGCGUGGUGUUGGAGAGUGCAUUCUCCGAGGGUUCAGGUGCAAAGAUGAGAAAGGGGUGCUAUAUAGCGACUUUAAACCAACGAUCAAGAAAUCAUUGCCAUACAUGUUCACUCCACUAGAACCCCUCUUCGAGCACCUCCUCUUCAGCAAAAAUGUCGACAUGUCUAUAGCCACACCCUCCAAUAACUCUGGGCCACCAAUUCCGCUACUCUCCACCGAAUGCCAAAUAAUGGACCUCAAUCUCCUCGGCCAAAUCUCUUUCUUCAUCCCCGGCACCCACCUCUGGCAUCGACUCCGGCUCCUAUAUGCGGGCUCAGAGACAGGCUUCAGCAUGGGCUCCGUAGAGACCAAAGUACUAAAAUGGGCUGCCCCAACCCUCCUCCUUGUCUCGGGAAUACGCAUCCCCUUCCCCGUAGAAACCCACGCUCAACAAGCCUUCCUGGACCGCAUACCUCUUCGGUGUAUUCCUAAAUGUCCCGUGGAAACAUUCACACAAGGAUUGCUUCGGCGACGCCGAGUCUUUGAUCUUCCAGCUGGAACCUGUGCACGAGACGAUGGCAUAGGGUUCGGCUCGCCAAUGCAGAAACUUAAAAACCACUGCAGCCAAAGCUACCUCAAUCUCGGCCCUGUGUCGUUGACGUUUGGCCACUCACUCGAGUAUGGCAUUUUUCAGAACACGGGGGGUGGCGGCGCCUACAAUAGCACCGGAGACGAAGAUUACUACACUCGGGACGUUUUCGAAAUAGAGGAGAUUGAGGUUUGGGGUUGUGGUGGGGAUAGUGAGGCCGAGACAGAAGGCUCGGGCGUGGGAGGAACAGGAAGCGCUGGUGCGCAGGCAGAUUACGCUUGGGAAGGGUCCUGGGGCGGACAAGGCUUCGGGGGGCGUUGCUAGAGAUAGCUGGGCAGAGUAGGAGAGUGGAGAGUAUGCCUUGUGCUUUAGUCUACUUUUUUGGUGGCAUGCCACAAAGUUGACCACUGGUUCUUUGCCUCGUUUCUCUUACUUUCGAUUUUUUCAUACAUGGCUUGGCGACUACGGAAGUUAAUUUACGAUUAGACCCCCGAGCAGCAUUGCACUGCGCCGUAACAUUGGAACAUUGGGCUGGCAGAAUGGCGUUGGAAACGAUAACCUAAUAUUGGUGCUAUCAUAUGCAGGGUUGGUCAUUCGUUUAUUAUUCUACCGCCUGCCGGUGCAAGUGUCUACCAUCGUUAUCUAGGACGGAGGGAGGAAAAGGAAAGGGGAAAGAGAUGCAAGUAUGAUAUGUAUGAUAGACUAACUAUCAUACCAAUUCCAAG